AGAUGAUCCGUAACCUGCAACACCUCCAUGUAGCGGGUACGAGGUGCCCCAAAUUUGCUGUAAAAUGAGAGGGUUUGGCUACUCCCUUCGCCGCAUUUGCGCCCCCCUUCCCUCCUCAUUCGCUGUCCCCUCAUUCACCAGGACAUGCUGCCUCAGCCGAGGGGUCUUCACCGGAUCCAGCCUCCUCGGUCACAGCGGUCAGCACAGGAGGAGUGUGAGCACAGCCCUCAGACAGCCCAUACAGGACCUGAGUGCGCCAGAACAGAGACUGCUGGAUAAGCUUUAUGAAGGGCUGAUCGGGGGACAGCGGGCAUCUCUGGCUGAGUCCAUCACAUUGGUGGAGACCCAGCACCCAAGGAAGAAAGAGCUGGCCCAGGUGCUGCUGCAGAGGGUGCUGGCCUACAGGAGGCAGCAGGAGGGUCGUAACGGAGGGAAGCCGGCGGCCUUCAGAGUAGGUCUGUCGGGACCUCCAGGAGCAGGGAAGUCCUCUUUCAUCGAGGUGGUGGGCAAGAUGUUGACAGGACGUGGACAUAAAGUUUCAGUGCUGGCUGUAGACCCGUCGUCCUGCACUACAGGAGGGUCUCUGAUGGGUGAUAAAACGCGUAUGACUGAACUCUCCAGGGACAUGGACGCUUUUGUCAGACCAUCUCCUGCCUCAGGAACGCUUGGUGGAGUCACCAGAACGACAAAUGAGGCCAUUGUGUUGUGUGAGGGUGCGGGAUAUGACAUUGUCCUUGUAGAGACUGUAGGUGUCGGACAAUCAGAGUUUGCCGUGGCUGACAUGGUUGAUAUGUUUGUGCUGCUGAUUCCACCAGCAGGGGGCGAUGAACUUCAGGGUAUCAAGAGGGGCAUCAUAGAGAGGGCCGACUUGGUGGUGGUGACAAAGUCGGAUGGGGACCUUGUGGUGCCGGCUAGGCGGAUCCAGACUGAAUACACCAGCGCACUCAAGCUGCUCAGGAGACAGUCCAAGUCCUGGAACCCUAAGGUGGUGCGCGCCUCCUCACACACGUUUGAGGGCAUCCCAGAGGUCUGGACAAAGAUGGAGUCAUACCGGGAUGCCAUGCUAGCCAGUGGUGAACUGCAGGGCAGGCGGAGAGCCCAGCAGAGGGUUUGGAUGUGGAGUCUGAUCCAGGAAAACGUCCUCCAACAUUUCCAAAAUCACCCCAGUGUCAGAGACGCUCUACCCCACCUCGAGGAGCGAGUCACCAAAGGAGCCAUCUCUCCUGGACUGGCUGCUGAUCUGCUUCUCAAGGCCUUCUCAUCAUCAUCAUCAUCAUCAUCAUCAUCGUCACCAUAGUAAUUAAUGGGACCUUACUUUUGGAGAAGGGCCACAUAGUGCCAAGAAAAGCCAAGACAGAAUAUGAGUAUAUGACCUUGACUCUCUGGUUUGCACAAAAGAGGCAUCGUUGUUUUUCUGAAAUUUAAAAGGCCUGAAAUAAAAUCAACCCACAACAGAACUUCAGUUUGUGCACGCUGUUAUCCAAAUCAGAAGAGAGCCGAGAGUGCUCCCACCAACUGCUCUAAGACUCGUCCACAUAAUCGGAGAUUGGACGACGUUUUGUUUGACAAUGCUGUGAGAUGUGAAAUGAUUCGCUGCAAACAGGCUGAUUUCUGAAGCAGAUUCUGGAGGUGUCGUGGACCCAAACACUACAGACUCUCAUGAGCAGGUUAUCACAAAACAGAGGACCGUAACGGCCUUCUUGCUUCUUCACAGAAAAGUUUGCACUUUACCCAUCACUCGACCUGUCGCACAUACAUAUUGACAUUUCAAAUGGUGGAGGUAUGAUCAGUGAAACAAAAUGAGUACUGUAAUGUUCUGCUCAUCAUCAUUGUUCAGUGAUCAAGCUUCAAACUCUUUGGAAUACAAAAAGAUAUGUGUAAAAGAAAAGAUCAAGCUUAGCAAAACGGGCAUUUUUUCAUGAUCACUUGUUGCUGAAUGGACAUUUCCUCAUAACCAACACCUUUUUUUUUUUUUUUUUUUUUUUUUUAAAAAGUGGAACUGGAUUUUAAAAUGUCUUUAAAUCUUUAUUGUGCAUUAAUGAGUGGAAAAUGAUAUUAAAGGAAUGAUGUGAAUCUUAAA